GCUCGUCCUUCCGCGAUGAAGAGAUCUACGCAAGCGAUGAGCCACGUUCUCAACUCCGAGCUCCGGUUCCGCGCUGAACGGCAUAUCUCAAUGCUGCUGCCUUGACUUUAUGCAGCCUUGCUCCCUUUUCUUACUCUAAUGGGCAUGUACAGAAAUACCCCAAUCCCUGCCCUCCUCGUCCUCCGCCUCAGCCUGCAUGGUUAUCUUAUACGCGUCUGCCAUCGACAUGUCCAUCACAAGGACUCUGCGCAUUUCCUUCUGCCUUACAGUUGCGUCAUUUCGCACAGCCCCUUGUCUCGGUCGCUUUGAUACUUCAUAAAACCGAUGCCGUGAACGAUUGAGCGGAGUCCAGGCUGCGUUCUUUCAUUCAACACAAUGGCCGCCCAGCGUCACUCAGUUAGGCGCCGACCAGUUCCAGCGACCAUGGUGCAGCAAUCAAGUCUCCAGCCAGCUGAAGCACCCUCUGCCACCCAAAUCGAUCUCGCCAGUCCCAUGACACAGGACCCUGCUCUGCACGACAUUGACCUCGCCACUCCCGACUCGGACAACGAUGCGCUGCCACCUCCUGCCUACGGUGAGGUCCAUGGAGAGAUUCGCAGCGAGAAGGACGGCGUGGGUACCAGUGCCCGUGUCACUGAUGACGGCCGUGUCGAUAUUCGUAUCAAUCAGCUCAACCGGCGUUUGUCCCAGAUCUUUAUCCCAGCUCUACGUCAACAGGUCCAGAAGGUUCAAGAGACUGGCCCGGCACCUCCACCCUAUAUUCCCCCUUCUUUGGGAGGUGAUGAUGGGACUCCUCCGCCCCCGCCCUUGAAUAUUGUGAUUCAAGUCGUGGGCUCGCGCGGAGACGUCCAGCCCUUCGUUGCCCUGGGAAAAGUCCUGAAGACAUAUGGCCAUCGCAUACGUCUGGCGACACAUCCCGUCUUCAAGGACUUUGUACUCGAGAACGGCCUGGAAUUCUUCAGCAUCGGCGGCGACCCUUCCCUACUUAUGGCAUUCAUGGUCAAGAAUCCGGGCCUGAUGCCAGGCUUCCGCACUCUCAUCAGUGGGGAUGUCGGUCAGCGGAAAAAAGACAUUGCCGGCUAUCUCCAAGGCUGUUGGCGAUCGUGCUACCAAGCUGGUCAUGGGAUGAGUCCUCCUCAAGACGACCGCUCCGAGUCCUCUGGGGACGAGUCUGCAGUGAGACCUUUCGUCGCCGACUGUAUCAUCGCCAAUCCCCCAAGCUUCGCCCAUGUCCAUUGUGCAGAGAAGCUAGGCAUUCCGCUGCAUAUCAUGUUCACGAUGCCAUAUUCGCCCACCCAGGCCUUUCCCCAUCCGCUGGCAAAUAUUCAAGCCUCGAAUGCCGACCCUCAACUCACCAAUUACAUAAGUUACGCGAUGAUUGAACUCCUCUCGUGGCAGGGUUUAGGCGACACCAUCAACCGAUUUCGCGCAAAGUGUCUUGACUUGGAUCCCGUAAGUCUGAUCUGGGCCCCCGGAAUGCUCGAACGGCUCAAAGUCCCUCAUACCUACUGCUGGUCUCCGGCCCUUAUACCUAAACCGAAAGAUUGGGGCCCUCAUAUCUCGAUCUCCGGGUUCUUCUUUCUCGACUUGGCUACCGACUACACUCCCCCGGCUGAUCUCCAUGCAUUCCUUGACGCUGGACCACCUCCCGUCUACAUUGGAUUCGGCAGCAUCGUACUAGACGAUCCGAACGCGAUGACCGAGCUCAUAUUCGAAGCCGUCAGGAUGACUGGCCAACGUGUUCUGCUCUCCAAAGGCUGGGGAGGCAUAGGCGCUGAUGCGGAUGAUCUUCGCAUCCCUGAUGGCGUCUUCAUGCUAGGCAACGUACCACAUGAUUGGCUUUUCAAACACGUCUCGUGCGUCGUCCACCAUGGUGGCGCUGGAACCAUUGCAGCAGGCCUUGCCGCAGGGCGACCAACUUUAGUUGUGCCCUUCUUCGGAGAUCAGCCUUUCUGGGGCGCCAUGGUUUCUCGAGCAGGCGCCGGCCCAGAUCCGAUCCCUCACAAACAACUCACGGCGGACAAGUUAGCGGAUGCUAUCAACUUUUGUCUGAAGCCGGAAAGUCUCGAACGCGCCAAAGAGCUCGCAAGCAAGAUCGCGGCGGAGCGAGGCAGCGAGAUGGGUGCGCUAUCGUUCCAUCAAUAUCUCGAGCCCGACCGACUCCGUUGCACACUUGUACCAUCGAAACCCGCCGCCUGGCGCAUCAAACGCACCCAGGUCAAAUUGAGCCCCUUUGCUGCCUCUACCUUGACGAAUGCGAGUCUGUUGAACUUCAACGAUUUGGAGCCGUUCAGGCCACAAGAAUAUGCCACCGACGAAGGGCCUUGGGAUCCCGUAUCAGGCGGAGCCGCGGCAGUAUUUGGGGCAUUCAGCAGCCUGGUGAUGGGACUGGCUGAUUUCCCCACGGAGACAUGGCGGGCUGUGCGCAUGCCCGUUGCGUCCAGUCGAAAGCAGUCACAAGCACCUGUGCCGACAGUUGCUGGCGGAAGCGAAACCUCACGUGGUAGGGAGAGAUCGACUCCGCCAACUUCACCCGACCAGAGUCAAACGAGCCUGGAUAUCCAGGAAGGUCCUUCUCCCGUUCGGAGCCUUCUCACCCCUUCAGGUCUACCAACGCCCAUGCCGAAACCCGGAUCAUACUCUGUGUCCGAUAUAUCACAAGACCAGACGAAUCCCAGAGCGGACCACGCCGGCCGAAGCCAACCGCCAAGUCGGAAUGAUCUCGACUCUGGCAAGGAGCGCGACUUGAUGCGCCGGACUGGCGCUCACACGAGCAAAGGUUUCGGACGCAUGGUCAAGACGGCGGUGGCGGCACCGAUGGAGAUCUCUGUGAGUAUGACCAAAGGCUUCCACAACGCGCCCAGGCUCUGGUCCGAUGAUACCGUGCGCCCUCAAGAGCAAGUCACCGAUAUGAAAUCCGGGUUCAAGGCGAUAGGAAAAGAGUUUGGGUUUGGAAUGUACGAUGGCGUUACCGGUCUGGUCACUCAACCCUGGAAAGGCGCUCGGAAAGAGGGGACGAGUGGGUUCUUCAAAGGGAUGGGGAAAGGCAUUGGAGGGUUUGCAACCAAGCCAGGCGCAGCUUUGUUCGCCAUUCCUUCUUAUUUCAUGAAAGGGGCGUGGAAAGAGGUGGAGAAGAUGUUCGGCGGCAAUGUGCAGAACUACAUUAUCGCAUCGAGAGUAGCGCAAGGCUACGAAGAGUGGCGACAGAGCACCGAGGCGGAAAGACAAGAUGUCAUUGUUCGGUGGAAGCUGAUCCGAAAGUAUGUGAAGAAGAGGCAGAGCGUUGAUGUGAUUCGGGAUAUCCUGGAAGCACAGCGAACGCGCGAUCCCAGCGGUGGCAGUCUCGCCAGGGGCGGCGUACAGUCCUCUCUGCGCUCCCCUACCAUGGCCUCCGAACCACUGCCAAGGCCCACUGACAUCAGUGAACGCCUCCAACAGCUAGACCAGGCGACGGCGCCUCGCGACUCGGAAGAGGACGCCGAUGUUAUGCGUGCAAUUCAGGAAGCGGUGUCCCAGCUUCAGUCCCAACGACAAGAAGUUUCAGAAGGGCCGACGGAUCAUGCAGACGUACCACGGACACUGGUGAACCAUCAAGCUGAACCUAAGCGACUCUCCAGCGAAGCAGCGGACUAUGACGGACACCCCACUCGAGCCGUGACAUCGAGUACAACGGAGCAGAGACUGAGCAGCGAUAGUGAACCGAAGUCGACCAUGGGUCUCGACGACGAGGAAGAGGAAGAAUUUGAGCGCGCAGCUGCUGCCGCUGGUGAGUCGACAGGCGUCCCUCGAAGCCCUCCAUACGACUCGGGUCAUCUAUCAGGCACCAAGCAAAGCGAGUUCGAGGCGCAACAAGAGCGCCAGCAUGGAGAGAAGACGAGAGAGGAGAAGACGGAGGAGGAGAUUGUGAUGGAGUAUAUCAAGAAGCAAAGCCUCUUGGAACUGCAACAUCGCAGCAAGGGCAAGGCUCGUGCCACAGCCACGGAGGAUCUGGAAGACGAGGACUUGCAGAGGGCAUUGAAGUUGAGCAUGCAAGGACACGGCAGUCAACACGGCGAGGCUUCAGCGCAGAGGUCCUCAUGAUUCAAGUCAGAUGAAUAGAUGCAAUAGAAUAGAUGCUGCACUCCAUGCACACUCGAUG